AUGUCCAUCCAAGAGGAGCUGCGGAGCCGCAGGUUCUGGCGUUCGGUCCUAGCGGAGCUGGUUGGUUCCCUGAUCUUGGUCACGGUUAUCCUGGGAGCCUCGGCCCCUGGGCAGGAGGAUGGAGCUCCGGUCCUGAUGCAGGUGGCUUUAGCCGCUGGCUUCUCGGCGCUCAGCCUGAUGCACUGCUUCGGAGAAAUCAGCGGCGCGCAGAUGAACCCAGCCGUCACCCUGGCCUUGCUCUGCACCAGGAAGCUGGAUGGCCUCCAGUUUGUGUUCUACCUUGUGGCCCAGUGCCUCGGCGCUGUGCUUGGAACAGGGAUAAUCUACAUGUCACUCCCGGUCAAGGCAACAUCAAGGCUUCUAGUCAACAUGAUCAACAAAGACGGGAAUGCCGGCCAGGCCUUGGCAAUGGAGAUUUUUGCCACAUUCCAGCUGGUUUUCACCAUCUUUGCCGUGGACGACCAUCGGCGCAGGGAGGUGGGAGAACCGGGAAACCUGGCCGUAGCCCUGAGCCUGGCGACAGGAAUCCUGGCAUCGGGAAAGUUCUCGGGAGGCAGCCUGAAUCCUGCACGAUCGCUCGGACCAGCUGUAUUCACCGGAGUCUGGGAGCAUCACUGGGUGUACUGGAUUGGCCCCAUCCUUGGUGCUGUCCUUGGAGGUGUUUCUUACGAGUUCUUUUUUGCCUCCAGUGCCUCCCAGGAGAAGCUGAUUGCCUGCAUCACCUGCAAAGAUAUUGAGAUUGUGGAAACGGCCAGUGUGUCUCGGUCUUCGUUACUGACGGUCACCCAGUCCGCUAUGAGGGUGAAACCCACUGCGAAAGUGCAGGACCAGUUAAAUUAA